AUGCUGACCAAGUACUUCACGAAAGUUGUCGUGAGAUUCAAUCCAUUCGGGAAAGAAGCGAAAUGUGCACGCCUUCUCCUCAGUGCUAUCCCGCCUGCCCAGCGCAUGUCUGGCGUUUCUAUCCAAAAUGAGCUACUUACAAUGGAUUCGACUAAAAAGCCCAUUGUAAAAAUCACAUUCAAAGAUAAGACUGAAAUGGAAGUGGAUCCUAGCGGUAUGACUUUCAAGGAGCUGGGCAACUACUUCGAUAGACACUCGCGUAAGCUGCGCUUGAAAGAGAGCAUAGAGUCUCAAUAA